AUGGCUGUGAUCUAUGGUCAGGCCCUGAUCUUGACUGCCGGUGGCAGCGACAAUGUCUCAAUGCCGACUGCUGGGCUGGUGGAUGUGGCCGAGUACUUUGAUGGCACGGUGCACGAGGCUGUGGAGACCAUGACACCGCUGGCUAUGCUGAGUGCAGGUGUGGGCUAUCACAACGAGUUCUACGUCAUGGGGGGUUUGGGGGGUGACCAGGCGGCGCUCCACUUGGUCAAUGUCUUUGAUGGGCAAAGGUGGUACAGCGCGCCACAAAUGACACGGGCACGGGCAGGGGCAGCCACCGCCGUUUUUCAGGACCGUAUCUAUGUGAUCGGCGGGCAGACAAGUCUUGGCGAAGCCGGUCAGGCUUCGUAUGAAGUCUUUGAUGGCGCACGGUGGACGUUGUAUCCGCUGGACUUUAACGUGACGGGGGCUACGGCAGGCGUCUUUGGUGGCCAACUCUAUUUGAUUGGUGGUUAUAUUGCUGCGUCCAACUCCCCAACAGAUUUGGUCUGGCGCUUAAAUGGAUCCGCUUUUGUGGCGCACAGCCGGCUGCCCGUGCCGUUGGCCAUCGCUGCCGCUGCCACCUUUCAAGCGCAACUGGUGGUCUUGGGCGGCGUGAACGCACACAAGCAGCAGAGUCCUCUGGUUUUUGCCAUGGAUGGCGAAGAACAGUGGCGGCAGUGGCCCUCUAUGGUGGAGGCACGCUCUUCCCUGUGUGCGACAGUACUACGGGGCAAGCUCUAUGCCAUGUUCGGGCGCGGGGCCAACGGCAGCGCCACGGCCCUUGAGGCCUUUGAUGGCAAGGCCUGGAGGGCCGAGCCCCUAGCCGACAACGUUCCACCCCGCUUCGGCGCAGCCUGCAGCACCCUAGUGUAUCCCUAA